AUGUCUCGUCAAUCCGUCUGCAGGAGCUUCGGAGGGGGGAGUCGGAGGGGCUUCAGCUCCUGCUCUGCCAUGGGCGGGGGCUUCGGGGGCGGCCGCAGCCGGAGCAGCUACAGCUCCUACUCCAUGUCCAGGGGCUUCGGGGCCGGCGGGCGCUGCGGCGGCUUCGGCAGCAGGAGCCUCCACGGGCUGGGGAGCGGCGCCAGGAUAUGUGGGGGCUGCUACGGGGGCAGGAUGGGCGGUUUCGGCGGCGGCUACGGGGUCGGCAGCUUCGGGGGCGGGAUGGGCGGCGGAGGAGGAGGAAUGUGCGGCUUCGGAGAUGGAGGCGGUGGAGGAAUGGGGGGCUUCGGCGCUGGGGUGGGCGGCUACGGCGGUGGCUAUGGUGGCCCGGGCUUUGGUGGCCCGGGCUUUGGUGGCCCAGGCUGUCAUGGUGGCCCGGGCAGAGCCGGCCCCGGCAUCCAGCCGGUGCAGAUUGACUCGACCCUGCGGCCCGUCCACGUGGAGAUCGACCCCCAGAUCCAGCAGGUGAAAACCCAGGAGAAGGAGCAGAUCAAGACCCUGAACAACCAGUUUGCCUCCUUCAUCGACAAGGUCCGGUUCCUGGAGCAGCAGAACAAGGUCCUCUCCACCAAGGAGCUGCUGCAGCAGCAGGGGCCGUCGGGGCCGAGGAAGGACCUGAGUGUGAUCUUUGAGAGCUACAUCCAGAACCUGAGGAGGCAGCUGGACUCCAUCCUGGCGCCGGGGCAGCUGGAGUCGGAGCUGCAGAACAUGCAGCAGUACGUCGAGGAGUACAAGAGCAAGUACAAGGAGGAGAUCAACCGGCGCACGACGGCCGAGAACGAGUUCGUGGUGCUGAAGAAGGACGUGGACUCGGCCUACAUGACCAAGGUGGAGCUGGAGGCCAGGGUGGGAGCUCUGACCGACGAGAUCAACUUCCUGAGGGCCAUCUACGAGGAGGAGCUGGCCCAGAUGCAGACCAUCAGCCGGGACCUGUCCGUGGUGGUGUCCAUGGACAACAACCGGCACCUGGACCUGGACAGCAUCAUCGAGGAGGUGCGGCGCCAGUACGAGCAGAUCGCCCAGAGCAGCCGCGCCGAGGCCGAGGCCUGGUACCAGAGCCAGUACGAGCAACUGCAGAGCACGGGGCGCCACGGGGACAACCUGCGCAACACCAAGAUCGAGAUCCAGGAGCUGACCAGGAACAUCCAGAGGCUGGUGGACAUCGAGAACGUGAAGAAGCAGAACCAGCAUCUGCAGUCGGCCAUCGCCGAGGCCGAGGAGAGGGGCGAGAUGGCCCUCAAGGACGCCCGGAUAAAGCUGGAGGAGCUGGAGGCAGCGCUGAGCAAGGACAAGGAGGAGCUGGCCGGCUGCUGAAGGAGUACCAGGAGGCUGAACGUCAAGAUCGCGCUGGACGUGGAGAUCGCCAUGUACAGGAAGCUGCUGGAGGGGGAGGAGAACAGGCUCUGCAACGACAGCAUGUCCAACGUCAACGUCAGCGUGGUCGGCAGGACCACCACCGUGACCGGAGGCAGAGUCGGCGGGGGAGGAGGAUUCGGCGGCAGCGGGAUGGGAGGAGGAUUCGGCGGCGCGGCGGGGAGGGGAUUCGGCGGCAGCGGGAUGGGGGGAGGAUUCGGGGCAGCGGGAUGGAGGGGAGGUUGGAGGAUCGGGGGGAGGAUUCACGGCGGCGGGGAGGGGGUGUGCGGCGGCGGAGGGAGGAAGCGGCUUCGGGGCGGCAGCGUGGGCGGCAGCUGCGGGAUGGGAGGAGGGAUGUACGGCGGGGGCUUCUCCGGCAGCGGGAGGAUUUGCGGCUCCGGCGGGGGCUCGUCCUCGGUGCGGAGAAGCGUCACCACCACCUCGGUGAAGUCCUCGGGGGUGCGGUUCUGA